AUGUGUACCUUAUUGGAGAAAUUCGAUGAACACGACGGACCCGUGCGUGGCGUCUGUUUUCACAUCCAACAGCCCUUAUUUGUAUCCGGAGGAGAUGAUUAUAAGAUAAAGGUAUGGAAUUACAAACAAAGAAGAUGCCUCUUUACUUUACUUGGACAUCUGGAUUACAUACGCACCACAUUCUUCCACCAUGAAUAUCCUUGGAUCUUAAGUGCUUCAGAUGACCAGACUAUUAGGAUAUGGAACUGGCAAUCUAGACAAUGCAUCUGUGUUCUCACUGGUCAUAACCAUUAUGUCAUGUGUGCACAAUUCCAUCCUACAGAGGAUCUUUUAGUGUCUGCAUCAUUGGACCAGUCAGUUAGAGUCUGGGACUUUUCUGGCCUUAGGAAUAAGAGUGUUGCACCUGGUCCAACAGGCUUAGCUGAACAUUUGAGAAAUCCACAAGCUACCGAUCUCUUUGGACAGGCUGAUGCAAGUGUAAAGCAUGUGUUAGAAGGUCAUGAUCGUGGGGUGAACUGGGCUUCAUUCCACCCCACUCUGCCCCUAAUUGUGUCUGCUGCGGAUGACCGUCAGGUUAAACUUUGGAGGAUGAAUGAUGCUAAGGCUUGGGAAGUGGACACAUGUCGCGGUCACUACAACAAUGUUUCAUGCGUUCUAUUUCACGCCAAACACGAACUCAUCCUAUCUAACAGUGAAGACAAGUCCAUCCGGGUGUGGGAUAUGACCAAACGCACAUGUUUGCACACAUUCCGCAGAGAACAUGAGAGGUAUUGGGUGUUGGCAGCACAUCCAAGUUUGAAUUUAUUUGCAGCCGGCCACGACGCUGGAAUGAUCCUGUUCAAGUUGCAACGCGAACGCCCUGCCUACGCUGUGCACAACAACAUGUUGUUUUACAUCAAAGACAGACAACUACGGAAGCUGGACAUGCAGACGAACAGAGAUUCGCCGGUGAUGCAAAUCAAAGGCGGCGGACGUCACCAGCCAUACAGCAUGUCGCUGAACCACGCCGAGUGGUGCGUGCUGGUGAACUGGCGAGUGGGCGACAACCACUCGUACGAGCUGUACGCCGCCCCGAGGGAGUCUGGGGAGGCGCCGUCAGCAGAGCCCGCCCGUGGGCAAGCCACCACCGCCGUCUGGGUGGCGAGGAACCGCUUUGCGGCCCUGGAGAAGAACAACCAGCUGGUGAUCAAGAACCUGAAGAACGAGGUGUCGAAGAAGAUCGCGACGCCCACCUGCGAGGAGAUCAUGUACGCUGGCACCGGGAUGCUGCUACUCAGGGAGCCGGAUUGCGUCCAACUCCUGGACGUCCAGCAGAAGCGCACUGUGGCCUGUGUGAAGGUGGGCAAGUGCCGCUACGCGAUCUGGAACAGCGACAUGUCCCUCGUGGCGCUACUGGGCAAGCACACGGUGACGCUGUGCACCCGCCGCCUGGAGCAGCUCUGCUCCAUCACCGAGGGCGCCAGGGUCAAGUCCGGGGCCUUCGACGACUCCACGCCGCAGCCGGUCUUCAUCUACACGACGGCCAACCACAUCAAGUACUGCUGCAAGGACGGUGACUACGGCAUCAUCCGAACCCUGGACGUGCCGGUCUACGUGGUGAAGGUGGUGGCGAGCGAGACAGGUGCUCGCGUGGUCUGCCUGGACAGAGAGUGCCGGCCCAAGGUGCUAAGCAUCGACCCAACUGAGUACAGGUUUAAACUGGCGCUGGUGAGCCGGCAGUACGAUCAGGUGCUGCACAUGGUGCGAACCGCCAAGCUCGUCGGCCAGAGCAUCAUCGCCUACCUGCAGGAGAAAGGCUACCCCGAAGUCGCUUUGCAUUUCGUGAAGGAACCGCGCACCAGGUUGUCGCUGGCGUUGCAGUGCGGGAACAUUGAGGUGGCCUUGGAAGCGGCCAAGAGCCUGGACGAGCCAGACGCCUGGGACGAGCUGGCCAAAGCCGCCUUGGACACGGGGAAUCACCAGAUCGUGGAGAUGUGUUACCAGCGCACGAAGAACUUCGACAAGCUGUCCUUCCUCUACCUGAUCACCGGCAACCUGGAGAAGUUGAGGAAGAUGAUGAAGAUUGCAGAGAUCAGGAAGGACGUGUCCUCUCAGUUCCAGGGGGCGCUGUUGCUCGGUGACGUCAGAGAGAGGAUACGACUCCUGAAGAAUGCUGGACAGAUCUCCUUGGCGUACUUGACGGCGGUAAACCACAAGCAGGCCGAGGAGGCGGAGCAGCUGAAGGCAACGCUGGACGCGGCCGGCCUCCCGAUACCGGAGCCGAAUCCCGACGCGGUGUUCCUCAGGCCGCCGCUGCCCGUGCACAGGGCCCAGCCCAACUGGCCGCUGCUGGCCGUAUCAAAGAGCUUCUUCGAGGUGGCCGGCGGGGCGAGGGCGGGUGGGGACGCGGGCGUGGCAGCGGUGGCAGCCAGCGCCAACGACGAGCCUCUCGAGGCGGCCGGGGCGUGGGGCGACGAGGAUGACGUCCUCAACGAGAACAAGGAGGAGGGUGAGGAACCGAUGGAGGACGCGUGCGAUGACGGUGGAUGGGACGUCGGUGACGAGGACCUGGAUCUGCCCGAGGAGUUGGCACCAGUUUCCGCUGACAUCGACGGCGGGGACGAGGCGACCGCUUAUUUCGUGGCCCCAUCUCGUGGCCCCGCCGCCGCCCUCGCCCGCCUCCGCACCGCACAUGACCACAUCGCGGUGGGCCAGUUCGAGAUCGCUUGCAGGCUGCUGAACGAGCAGGUGGGCGUGGUGAACUUCGUGCCGUACGCGGACACGUUCCUGGCGAGGUACGCGCGCGCGCGCGUCAUGUUCGGCGCGCUGCCCGGCCUGCCGCCGCUGCCCGCCGCGCUGCACCGCAACUGGAAGGAGGCCAGCGGCGCCGAGUUGCUGCCCGUCGUCACGAUGAAACUGAACGAGCUGGUGGCGCAGCUGCAGCAGUGCUACCAACUGACGACCGCCGGCAAGUUCGCCGAGGCGAUAGAGCGUCUGCAGCGGAUCGCGCAGAGCGUGCCCAUCCUGCAGCUCGACACCAAGCAGGAGCUGGCCGAGGCGCAGCAGCUGCUGGCCAUCUGCAGGGAGUACCUGCUCGGCCUGCAGAUGGAGACGGCGCGGAAGGCGAUGCCGAAGAGCACGCUCGAGGAGCAGAAGCGCACCUGCGAGAUGGCCGCCUACUUCACGCACUGCAAGCUGCAGCCGGUGCACCAGAUGCUGACGCUGCGCACGGCGCUCAACAUGUUCUUCAAGCUGCGCAACUUCCGCACGGCCGCGUCGUUCGCGCGCCGCCUGCUCGAGCUGGGCCCGCGGCCCGAGGUGGCGCAGCAGGCGCGCAAAGUGCUCCAGGCCUGCGAGAAGACGCCCACCGACGAGCACCAGCUGCUCUACGACGAGCACAACCCGUUCAGCGUGUGCGCCGCCAGCUACCGGCCGAUAUACCGCGGCCGGCCCGAGGAGCGCUGCCCGCUGUGCGGCGCGAGCUUCUCGCCCGAGCACCGGGGGCGUCUGUGCCCCGUUUCCAGAGGUAGGGCGCCGUCUCGCUCGCGCGCCGCGCCGCCGGGCGGCCGCGGCGUCGUGCCGUCCCGCUCGCGCGCGCCCACCGCCCCGCGCCCCUCCCGAUCGGCGCGCCCCUCCCCCUCCCGCCCGGCGCGCUCCCCCUGCUCGCCCGCGCCAUGCGCCUGCCGCUCGCCCGCGUGCGGCUUCUGGUCGACGAGCAGCAACUGGGCGGCUCGUUUGUCGGCGCCCGCGUCAGGUCCUUGGAGGUUUUCGAGGGGAGACAUUGAUCGGGGAGGGAAAAUGAGCGGCUCCCGCCAUAGUGAACGGGGAGGGGGGCACGUA